GUCCGGCCGGAACCAGGAUCAAUGAAAAUCGCAAGAUGGUAAGUGGGCCAAUCCUUAUUUUAUCGGGAAAAUAGCUGCUUAAAAAUCUAAUUUGUAGUGAAUGGGUUUUUGUUUGUCUUUGUUUGAGGUAUAAUGGCCACAUUUGCCUUGUAAAAUCGGCAUUCGUCAGCGUAUUUGUAAAAGUAUGCCUUGGCUAGUUCAAAGCAACUCAACGCAAGCGUUCCCAAACUAUGAAGUCAAAUUAUCGAUUAUUUCGAUGUCAAUCUUAGAAUCGAUUGUUAUAGGAAAAUUGAUAAUAAAUAAGAUUAAAAGCGUUGAUUUUAAUCAGUUCUCAGAUUGAUAACUUUCGAUUUUUAUGGAUGGUUGUGGUUUUAAAGAUUCUUCCGCAGAAACCCUAAAGUGUUUUUUAAUUAGACUGGAAGGAAUUUUUUUUGACAAGAAACAGUUUACAUGUGUUUGUCAUAACAUACCUUCAAGCCCUAUACCUAGGGCCAUUCCAGUUAAUAUUCCAAGGAUUUGAAAGUUGUUUCUAGGGUGGGUGGCUGUGUCGCCACCUUUUAUUUUUGGAGUAUUUUGAGGGGAAUGAGAAAAAAACGAAAGUAAUGUGCUUUUUCUGCGGGGUGGGGAUGGGGGGGAGGGGGGCUUGCUGAGUUGGUACUAUUCCGGGCUGUCAAUUCUCCUGGAUAAUCCGGGAUACUCCAGAUUCAUGGACCGUAUCUUUUGGUCUCCAGAUUAGAGUCUGAAAUCUCACAAGGCUGAUUGGUGAAGUUUGCCAUUGACUGUAGGCUUGACUUUCCAACAAUAAAAUUUCCAAUAUCUUGCAUUGUUUUAGCUAUUUAACUGUUGGCAUAAAACAUUUCCUCAUAAACUCCGGUAUGCUAUUGUUAUAUAGGCAAUAAUGUGAUUGGUGGGAAGUAAACUGAUCUGGCCCAAGUUGUUCCAAAGCUGGAUAGCGCUAUCCACCGGAUAAAUCACCAUCCAGUGGAUAAUUAGGGAAACCAAUUGCGCUAUCCAGUGAAUAGAGAUUUAUCCGGUGGAUAGCGCUAUCCACCUUUUCAACAACUGGGGCCAGGUCAAAUGUUACAAUGCCAACAACAUCUUUUUCGCGCAUUUGGAUUGGAGUGAAACAUGUCAAAGGGUUAAUCCUAUCCAUAACGUUUUUAUCAUUUUCUAAGUUACUGAUCCAGCCUCGUCCAGGUUUUGUUGAAUAUGCCUAACUUGACGAAAGAGAUCUCUGAACAGUGGAGAUCCAGACCUUCAGAUAAGGAGGGGGCCCGGUUGUCCAGACCCCGAGAUAAAGGGGUGUCCGGUCUCAAAAAAAAAUUUUUCGGCCCUUCAGGCCUCGUUAUGGUCUAAAAAUAAGGGGGGGAGGUGGGCAGGGCCCGUCCAGGCCUCUCCUCCGGAUCCGCCACUACAGAAGAAAAGAUUACAUGGAGUUCCUGUUUGGCUGACUUUUCCAACCAAGAUUUCUUUAGUAUAAACAUUUUGAUAGCUGAAGCAUAUUAUAUAUUUACCUGUCUUGCAACCGGCAUGUCACUUGCUUUGGGCAUGCAUGUAUUUCUGUAGAGAUUCGAAACUCUACAUGCAGACAUCUUCCACCAUAAUAAAAAGCAUGCAAACUCUGACGUUCUUUGCAAAGGAAACAGAAGUUUGCUUCAACAAUUUCAAAAGUUCAUGGUCUGUGAUUUAUUGUGAUUGGUUACUGGAUUUCAAUCCAUUUGCGUGUUUCUGUCUUUCAAUUUUCAUAUUUGCUUUUAUUCAUAAUUAUAAUUGACAGCAGGAAAAAACGUAAUCUUGUUAGCUAGCUUUUAAAAUUCAGAAUUUAUACGUUAUUGAAAAGCACAGGAAUAAACAUACAUUCUUGUCAAUUGCUCUUAUAAUGCUGCAGUUGUGACAGUGACUUCUGAUUGCAAUCUGUGGACAGGCACAAAGAAAAUAUUCCCAGAUAGAAUCUCAACAACAAUUAUCUCUUACUAGUCAUUGUUUCAUUGGACCUUUUCAAACAAAGCUCUAGUGAACACUGACUUUAAGACUUCACUGACUUUUUUCCUUCACCAGAGUGACGAGUUAAACAUUUGUGAUGUUGACCCUGAAGUUAUAGAGAAGGCAGGGAAACUCAGGUUUCGUAAAGAAAAAACUUUAGCUGCAAUUAUCAGUAAGUCUGUGGCAUGCAAGAGGAAAUUACAAUAAGAUCUAGGGUAGGGUUGGACAGGUGUAGACCUUACUUCAUGUACGUUGUUCAAAUCAGAGAAUUGUCUAAAGUAUAGUCUGCCAUGAAAAUGAAGCGAUUACCACUGAUUUUGCAUGCAACUUUUGCUUAAGCCCUAGUGUCCACACACAAAUUCUCCAGACCAGACUAAUCUCAAUACAUUUCUUGAGGAAUUAGUGAAGAGAAGUUGUUUAAAGAUCAAAUCAUUUUCGUUAGGUGAUCAUGAUGAAUUUGCAUAAACUUUUCUUUUUAUUAUGUAUUGAUAUUGUGGCCUUUCAGCCAUAGGGCUUGUUCAUGUUGGUUUUAUUUGUCAACAAAAUCAUUUUAUCACUUGGCAUAUAACACAAGAGGCAACCAAUGCCUCAGAGCUGAGUACCUCAUGAGAGGAAUGUCACAUGUUUAAUAGUACAACAAAUGUUUAACAAAGGGGAACUGUAGAAAGAACUGACACUAACAGUGUACACAAGCCCUUAAUUAUUUUUGUUGCAUUUAAGUAUCAGCCCUUCAUCAAAUUAAGUAAAUACACUGCAGAAUAAUUAUUAAAUAAUUAUUGUACUUUUGUUUUUGACUCUGAUAAAGGACUAACUGGUAGAAAAGACAGCUCUUUUGUUUCUAUAAGGUCUAUUAAUUUUAAUACUGAAACUGUUAUGUCUUACAUUUAGAUAUUGCAAUUUUUCUUAAUUCUUUUCUAGUGAAGAUUGAUGCGGAUAAGCAGCUUGUUAUUUUGGAUGAGGAACUCGAGGUAAAGCAAGUUUUUCCUUAUUUUAAUUCAUGAUUGGCAGUGAUCAGAAACGUUGUCAAGGAAGCCUAGCCCAAUUUUCAAUGUUAUUGUUUUCACCUUUAAGAUCUGUGGUGAUUUGUCCACAGAACACUCGAUCAUUAUUUUUAGGAUCCCCAUAAGACCCCAUUAAGCUAUGUCAGUGCUAAAAUUGUCCAAAAUUUAAUAUUAUGUUUGUGACAUCAUUUUGAUUCCAUCUUUAGAACCCAGAAAAUUAAUGUUCUGUAGAAUUUUAUUUUCUGACAGCAGAAGGUCUUUAUUCUGAUAAAGAUUGACUACUGCAGCUACAUCCUUCCUAGUGGAAGAAUGUAAAAGCAAGUGUUGGUAGUCUUCUUAUGACAAAAUUAGAUUUCUUUGUGAUUAUGAAGUUUGUCCAUUUCUGUUUUCGUUUUUUCUGUCCUAUUUGUGUUCUGCAAGUGCAUGUGUAGCCUUAUUUUUGAAAGUGAAUUAGAAUCUGUAUUUUGUGUAAAAUUUCCUGGUCGGUGGUUUUUCUAGUCAGAUACCCUGUCAACUCCCCCAUUUACUGUACAUGUAACUGAAUAUGAUGUAACCCCACGAUUAAAAAAAGACUUGAAACUUGGUGGGAAGGGUGUUAAACUGACUUCAGAGAAUGUUGAGUCAAGAGAAAUCUUUAAACCUUGUUGUUGCUUAUGUAAUAAUAAUAAUAAUAAUAAUAAUAAUAAUAACUUUAUUAAUCUCCUCAAAAAGGCUUUUCAGCUUUACAAAUAUGUCAAAUAUCUAAAACUUAGUUUUCCAAAAAUACCCUUAAAAAUGCUGUUUUAUUUUUACUUUAAAUACAUCUAAAUUAGUGAUAGACUGAAACUCGUCUGGGAGACUGUUCCACAGCUUUUGGCCUCUGAAGGUAAACGCGCGCUGACCUGCAGCCGUCUUACAGAGGGGUAUAUGUAGUCGGUCCCUAUUCCUAGUGUUGCAGUUGUGCACUUCCAAUCUGGUUUUAAACUUCUGACAAAGAUAUGGAGGUGCAAGUCCAUUUAAACAUUAAAAUACCAGGGUAGCAUCUCUAACCACAAGUUGUUUAAUAAUUUGGUAGCCAUUGUAACUGCUUAAGCAUAGGUGUAACAUGAUCAAAUUUCCUCAUUCCAGAAACUAUCCAGGCUGCAAAAUUUUGCACUGUUUGUGAUAGCUCGAUGUUUUUCUUAGUGGUAUUAGCCCAUACUGAUGAACAAUACAAUAAUUUACUGAAUACGAGAUAAUUAAUUAUAGUGAUCAACGUACGCUUAUCAAACAGGUGCAGAGAAAAAGUACUUGAUUUAUGUGUAGGUGUAGAGAAAAAGUACUUGAUUUAUUGUGUCAGUUUUUGUUUUAUUACAGGAUAUAUCUGUGGAGGAUCUGACAGAAGAGUUACCUGACCAUCUACCACGGUAUCCUUGUGUUAUUUAUUCUAAGUCUUAAGUAGUUUUCAAAGCAGAUCAGAGGUCAUGACAACAAUAUUAAAAUUAUUAUUCUUAAUCUUUCUACUAUACUAAUACAGGUUUUUGACAUCAACUUGUUGCCUCAACUAAUAAAAUGCAUAUGGUUGCCAGGCAUAAAAUGUGAGGGGGAAAAAACGUUCACAAUCAAAUUUUGAUCUGGCUAUGACAUCUGAUCUUAAGGCCUACUGUUGCUGCUCGCUGCCAAAUUUUAUGUUUUUUGUACCGUGAUGACUAUUCUUGAAAAGUUCUUGAAUUUUAGGGGAAGUCCUUAAAAAGACCUUAAAUUCUAUUUUUCCUUAAAAAGUCCUUAAAUUUCUGAGCAAGUCCUUAAAACGUUCUUGAAUUUUCUUCAACUUUAAAUUCAGUGGCAAAUUGGAAAGUGUUUUUUGAUGAUUUUUGGUUGUCUAAGACAGAAUAAUUAUGAAUCAUAACCCAGAGAAUUUAAAGGUUAUUUAGACAAAGUGCUCAAUGUUUAGUGCAUCUGCACAAUAAUUAACUAUCAAUUUAAGACAAGUGAACUGAAAAAUGUAGAGAAGUUGGUGAAGCAGACAGUUCAAGCCCUAGAGCCUUAUAAGAAUAAUUUAUACUGGGAAUGUGCGCUUUUGUAUAAUCUGUGAAAAUAUAUUCCUACACUGUAGUAGGUGGUCCUUGAAAAUCUAAUGCAACCCUUGAAAAGUCCUUGAAAAAUGGUUACACUUUUUUGAUAAUUCUUUCAUGGCUAUUGCGUGAUAAAGCAAAGUUUUGCUGUUCACUUUUCCAUGAUUUAAUUGAUUACAACCACUUUCAGUAAAUUUAAGUCACUAUAGUACCAUAUAGAGUCUCAUUGAACACAAAGUGUGUCAGUAUCAAAAGUAUAGCUUUAAAUUUGUUUUAAAGUGCUUACAAGGAGUGCUCCAAGCUAAACAUUUUUCAAAGUCACCUUUUGACAACCUAAAUAAAAUGGUCACCAGAUAUUACAAAUUUUGGUUGCCAGAGGGAAGAAAGUGUUCUUGAGUUGUGUUAAUAAUAUUAUUUUAUGGAGGGUUCGAAAUAAUGAACAUGGCUUCCCUGCAUUUAGCGCGGUGGAAUUUGGAGGUGCAUGCGAUCACAUCUCAAGGCUUUAUAUAUGAAUUUUUUUACCCAGACAAAUUUCAAGCCAAAGAGACAAAAUAUAUUAUAAAAAUUUCUUGCAAAUGACGAAAAUAAUGUGAUAUUAAGUUGCCAUUUUUUUUUAGAUAUUUGCCAUAGCAACCAAAAUAAGGCAGCUUGAAUUGUGAGUAGCAAUACUUACUUAGUUCCCAGUGUAGACUGUCAGCUUUAAGGGAGGGGGUUGCAAAGCCCUUUUUAGGUUGGACAUUUUUGGGAUCCAAAGGACUUUCUAGGUUUAGAAAUUUUUUCAGUGACUAUAACUUGGGUAGGAUUAAAAUACACUGACUUUUUGAGUGGGUUGAUCAUGAUGUACAUAAGGCAAAAUCCAAGGUAACCUUCACUUUAAUGUCAAAUAACAGUACUGUAAUCCAUUUUAUUUGAUCAUCGGCAUUCGGUAAAAAUUUUGUUGUGGGGGCUGAACAUAAUUUGCCCGAAUGAAACUUGUUGGUCACAGGUGCACAAGAUGAUUCUUUCGUGACGUCAAGUUUUCUUCGCCAUGCCGUGAGAGCACGGGCGUUCAAAGUAGUGCAAAUAUUUUCGGUAAAUCGAGAUGAACAUUUCUAAAAUACAAAACCAUGAAGUGAGAGAUAAAACGUACCCAUUUGGGCUCUAAAAGAAGUGUGAAGAACGAUUACUUCGACACCAGGAUGGAGGUAACUUUAUAUAGAACAGGUAAAAUGUCAUGGAGACCAUUUUGCGGGAUGCGGGAUGAAGACAAAUAAAUCAAGAUAUUAAAUAAUAAAAUAUUUUUUACCGUGUCUUUGCCCGAACAGUACAUCAGUUUUGCCCGAAUAAUACCAUUUUUUUUCCGACAGGGGGGGCUGCAACCCCCCCAGCCCCCCCGCCCCGUACGCUAAUGUAUUUGAUACAGAUAGAUCUAACCUUUACAUGCAAAUGCAGGUUGGGAGACUUAGCAAUUUGUUCAUAAAAGGUUUUUUCAUGGACAGCAGAAAUUGUCAGGUUCUGGGCUGUCAAACUCUUUCUUUUUUGGGGGGUGGGGGUGGGGGGGGGGUUGACAGUUUGGCCUCAUUUCACCUUCCUGGUGCUAUUGUUCCUAAAUUCCGCUGCAUGCAGAGUAAAACAUGGCUUCAAUUUUACCUCAUGCAGUGUAUGGUGUUUGUUUACAUGUCUGUUUGAUUCCUUAAUCAUCUUCUUCAGCUAUGUAUUGUACAGUUAUGUUCUUAAGCAUGAUGAUGGCAGAGUAUCGUACCCACUGGUUUUCAUUUUCAUCAGCCCUCAGGGUAAGAACAGGUUACUGAGCUAUGUUGAUUAGUAUAGGUAAUCAUACAACUUAAAGUUCAAUAUGGAUUUUUUUGGCACAUGUGUAUUUUUCAAAAAGUAUCAAAAUUAUUUACAUUCAUUUGACAUUUCUCACAAUAUCAUACAAAGCUGUCUGAAUGAUUGAAUAUUUUAUAACAGUUUGUUGAGGUCAGCAGGUUCAGAACUCUCAAUUUGCUGGAAAAUUCCCUCUUCUUUUCAACAUAAUAUUUAUUAGUGCCUAUUAAACAUGUAUUGAUUUUUUGAUAGCAUUAUUACUCGUAUGGGCCAAUUUAUACCACUUUCCCAUUGGUCAACUCAAGGUAGUAUAAAUAUGCUCAGCCAUGGGCUUGUUGAACAGCAUUUUUGUCAUGCCUUGUUGCAGCGAAUAGUUCCAAGCGGCUGAUUUAUAUAUGCAGCCUUGUUUGAUUUUAAGUGCCUAAUAAGAGUACAUUGGGAAUUAAUGUACAUUUCCAAGUUUUAUUGUAUGGCCUUGUCUACCCUCUGAAGUGAACUAGUCCACAGACAUGGAUGGAAGGUUUUAUCUUUGUGAAUAUCAGUUUAUGAUAAAUGAGUCAAUGUUUCAAAUUUAGGGACUAAACCUGAGCUGCAGAUGAUGUAUGCUGGUUCAAAGACAAACCUUGUUAAAAAGCUAGGGGCAACAAAGGUAAAUAUGAAUGCUUUGUGUUUGUUCUGUACAAUGUAAAAUUUCACAUUGUGUGUAUGUGUACCUGAAAGGGCACAUUAUAUCAAACAUCUAGAAAACAAGAACUCAAAUCCACCCCGUCCUCUGGAGAAAAAAGCCCUAAAAUAAUACAUUUUAACAUCUUCUUCUCCUGCCCAAUUUUUAAUGAGGUUAAAUAAAUAUUUAUUUAACAGAGUUAACAACAAGGAGCGCGAGCGUGGUCAGCGGUCGGUCGUUUGGCUCAAGCGCGGUCAGCCUUGCUUGCAUCACCUCCAUGUGCUCAAUACAGUGUUUUCGUGGCGGCCAUUCUCUUCGUUUAGCCUUUGGAUCAUUCUUUUACCGUCUGAUUCUCGCUGUUUUCUUUGCUGUUGCGGUCAAACCGUUUUCUUUCUACGUUGUCUUCGGCUACGCCUGGAUUUUGUGCAAUCGCUGUUUCUUCGUAAUUCGGGGCGACAAUGUUGGCGGGACGUUCGUCCCGGCGUUUGGCGGGGCGUUACAAAUCGAUAAUUUCGAUACUCGAUAAAAUCGAUUGUAAUCGAUAAUUUUCGAUACUAAUUACUUGAUUAAUAUCGAAAAUCGAUAGAAAUCGAUAGCGGAGGUUUUUGUGAUUAUCGAUUUUGAUCGAUUUUAUCGAUUUCUGUAAUUAUAGUUCGAUUUUAAUCGAUUUCUAUCGAUUUCUAUCAAAAAUAUCGAUUUCGUCAAUGGAACUCAGACAAAGAAGAAGACAGAGCUUAAAAGCAAGGAACAAAAGGCAAAUGGAUAUCGUAAGGCCAAAAAACGGGAAAUAGUACCCGUUCUUGAUAUUUCCUGUCAAGGAAACGACGAUAAAAGACUGAAAGCAGUUAAAAGACCGGUAUAGGCAGUUAAGGACGGACGAGACGUAAAGUUAACCCUAGCCGGUCUUAAACCGCAUGCGGUUUGUCGGUGGCUUCAACGUACUGUACUCUGGAGUUAACACAUACGCUUUCUUUAUCCCACACCUUGAGUCGAUAAUAUAAAAUACCUUUAAUCAGCCUUAAUGUACUGUAAACAAACUACAAAGGUUUUUAAAACUGUAAUAAUAAUGCACUUGUCGCUAGACUCAAAAAUUGAAACAUGCUCAACGAUAACGAGAGAAAAAAAACGCAAAAACGAUGCUCGUUCAGUUUUAGGUAAACCAACUUUGUUACGCGUAGACGAGUAAAUAGAGACCUUUAGAUUGGACUACGAGUACGAGAUUGAGUACGAGUACGAGUUUUCAAACCAAAUUCGUCCGCAUCAUAUAACUACUUAUCACACCAAUAUUAUCCCUAACGUUUAUUUGUGUGUUAGUCAGCAACAGGAAAGAGUUAUAGUUCGGGGGGAUACAAUUAUAUCGAAAUUCCAAAGUCGUACUCGUACUCAAUUUCGUACUCGUAGUCAAAUCUAAAGGUCGCUAAUAAGUAACAACUGUUUCACCAAGUAUUUGUUGUAAAUUAACUUGAGCGAACAGCCAAGAAGAUAACACCUCCAUCCACACGCGACGUAAAUGAAUCAAGUGAGCAAAAAGGUCAUUACACAUGAAUGACACAACAAAAGGCAAUAGACCGCGAGAAUAAAAGUUACAAUUUGUACGAAAAGAAUGCAUUGCAAAUAUGCUCCAACAAUUUCAAGAGAAACAAUAGGUGAGAAAGGAUCUGGAGAAGUUUCUCUUUUCUCUCAUCGUAAUAGUAUAAGCAAGCUAUGUUAUUAUUCAAAGUUAAGCAGGCUUUGAAUUUUCUGCUCUUCUUCUUUCAAUAUAUCUUGAGGUUGAGUGAGUUUCUCCUUCCUGUAAGUUCUCACGAGCUUGACGGACUUUUGCUAUAAGUUCUGGUUUUUUUCGUUGGAUCUAUAGGUCACAUUUAGACUGUCUAACACCUCUUUGAGAAGGAAGACAGUCAUGUCUUCUAGUGGCCCCAUUUUACGUUUCUCCUUUUCUAACUCUUUCAGUUUCUCCUCCUUCCUCCGAGACUCUUCUUCUUCCUCUUCCAGCUUUGGCAGUAGAAUUUCCAUCGCCUCCGCGUCUACUUUCAAAGGCCACUUUCUUUCCCCUUGGAGGUUUCCGAAAGUUAGCAAAUGUGUUUUGCAUUCACUCCACAUUAUUUCUUUUGUGGGUGAUAACAACCACUUGCUAUUUUCCUUUUUUAAGAUCGAAAGAACUUGAAAGCAAACUGAUAUUUUUUCUUUCGAGUCGUUUCCUUUCUUCCACUCAAAGACAGGAACAGGGGAUUUAGAAAACGUGUUACGCACCAGCCGCAAUACCAAACCGCAUCUCAUACCGAGACGUGGGACCCAGAAUGCCGCUAUAUCCUCAAAAUAUAGUCCGUUUUCUGAUCUAGUUGGUGCUACGAGCCUUUCUACCCGUUCGUAGAAAUCAUUCCUUGAGACAGCCAUCCAUCUAGCCAUUCUAGAAGUAGAUGGCUUAUACACUUUUCCCUGCUGAAGAGACAAAAAUUCCGCAAUGUGAUAAAAUUCUCCAUCAUACUCAACAUAGUUGGGUGGAACUGAACAUUGUGAAGCUGCUGAUGUUUUCUCCCCGUAAUUAAAUCUCCUUCGUCUCUUCAAGUGGAACGUGCCUUCAUUCUGCUCGUCUUCCUCCAUCAUGGAAAUAUCUGACGCCGUCGCAGCAACUAGGUCCUUAUAUUGUUCCAUCCCUUUUACGUUCCCAUGCGAUGUACAAACAAAGGCAUACGUUUCUCUCUCUGAGUCUGUAGAGAAUUUGAGAUUUAAGCAUGAUUCGUGGAACCAGUUGUCGCACCCUGGAUAAUCACAACCAAUCCAGUGAGUCGUCUUUGGAGCUUUAAAGGCAGGAUUUGCGUAUUUACAGGUACCCUUCUGGAAAAGAUGGCAAUGCCUUGGGUCAUCAUCGUCAUCGACAUCACCAUUUUCCUCUCCUCCUUCUUCUCGGUCAAAUGCAUUUGACCUUGGGAUGGAGGACGCUGCCAGAUCAGAUAGCGCAAAGGAAUAGCAAUGUUCGUUAGUCUCAGCAGCAGAACAUAGAACAUCGUUUUCCACGUCUAGCAAUUCUUCUACGGUUAUAGUGUCACUUUCAUCAGGACCGUCACGUAUAUCAGCUAAGGCUUCUAUUCCUGGGUUGAUAUACAGUAUGUCCCCUGAAUCAUCUAAUCUUAAUAUGUUACCAGCAGCUAAAAGUGGCAGCAUGCCUAGUCCCUCGAUGGUUUUCAGAACUUCUUUUCUGCCUCCUUGAUGCCGCUCAAGAUUUCAUCUUCCACAAACUCUGGCCAAGAUGUGCGAGAAACAACUGGAGGCUCCUUAAGUUUCAGCUCAUCGAGUUUUGCUAUUCUGCCGCAAAUGUCGAGCAUGUCCAGCAUACAAAAAUUUGUUUUCCUUUACAAAACCCACGACAGCGUGCAAAAAGUCUUUCACAACUGUCAGAACCAAACGUAGAGGGAUUAAAAGAUUGAUCGGGGAAGUACUCCGAAAAUAAUUUUCUCGACAAUAUAAGCGAGUGUCCCGCAAGCACUAUAUCGUUGUACGUUUGUAAGGAUAUAAAAGAGGACUCUAUUGGAUAAUUUGACAUCUCUACCCAAGCUUUCCAUAAUCUGACAAAGCAAACUGAAGACCAAGCAAGCUUUGACCGUUCUUUCACAGUGAGAUUUUCAUCUGUAUAUGCACGUAGCAUGUUAUGUCCUACUUUAAGGUAAACUCGAAUUGCUUGACUGCGGUCCUUAUUCCACUCGCUCAAGCAUUCUCGGACUUCAGGUUGCAAAAUUCGUAGCGCUGCAGCCACGUUCUGUUUGUCCCUGACGAAAAUGUCACUUUUCCAUAAUCCACUUUUUAAUUUGUUCGCCUCAUACAACCUCAUUAGAUCUUCAAUCAUGACAAACGAAUCUCCUAGAACCAGGACGCGACGCACGUUUAGAAUCUGGUUUCUCCAUUUUUUGAUUAGGUGCUUCCAGUCAGGAAACAUAACAGUAGGAAUUCUCAGGCCAUGAACAUUCUUGACCACAGAAACAAAACUGAACCCCUUGUGAGAUACCGAAAUCACUUCAUCUACCAUGCCAUGCCUUUUACUAAACUCAUCAAGAAAGUAUCUUCUAAAUUUAGAGUCUCCAUCCGCACCUAUUCCGAGAAUCUGCAUAUUAUGUUGAGCACCCCAGUUUAAUGCGUCCACGAACCAAUUCCUCACUGAAGCCCAGUCUUGCCCCUUAACUACUGGUGAAAUUGCAAGGGUAAAACUAGGAACGUGCUCUUGCAGAGGAGUCAACACAAACGCAUUAGCUUGCCGCGCCUUUUCCUUACUUUGGUCAUUUGUCACCUCGAUAAUAUCUUGUGCAGUACGUACAAAAUGUCCUCUUCAGAUGCAAUUCCUACGAUUCGAUUGCCUCUUACUCUAAGGCAUGGUGAAAUUGCAGUAGCAUCUAUGGCCAGGACAAAUGGUCCCGUAUAACCAACACGUUGAUAGAAUGAGGCCGCUAUUCCAAACUGAUCUUCUGUUAGUUUAGUUGCAAUAGGAACCUUGCGUCGGGCUGUUGCAUAAGCAGUCUGCAGACUCGGCCCGCCAAUUUUUUCCCCUGAUUAUCUUUAGCAAGGCCGGUCCUCCAUAAUCUAGAAUAAUUGCGAACAAGGACUUUGUGUCGUCAUUCCAGCAUUUUUUCUCAUUUAUGUUGUGCGCAAGAAGAUCGGACACAAUCGAAAUGAAUUCAGUAUUUUUUUGGUCUUUCCUUUCUACUACUGCAGCCAGCUGAAGCGCGAUUUCUGGCAGCUGCUGUUUUAGACAUUUGCUUUUCAGAUCAUGCUGUAAUGCGCAAAUGACAUCUUCUUUUACCGAUAACUGUAGUCUAAGUUCAGCAAUUUUUUUUCGAUACAAUUCUGAUAAUGAAGCUUUCUCCGCUAUAUGUUGAAUACAAGAGGUGGCAAUGUCUAAACGGCUCUUUUUAAAAUUUUCCUCUGAUGCUCCUAACAGACACUGGAACCGGAAGGAGUCCCUGACCCUCUGGGUAUUGUCUCUACUUUCCAUUAACAUAUUUGAGAUUUCCCUCUCCAUAUGCGACUUUUUUGGACUUUGGACAAAUCGGAGGAAUGUAAUAAUUUUUCAGUCUCUAUCCUAGCCUCUGAAAGCCGGUUCAUGUAUACAAAUUUUUCGUUGUAUACGAUCUCUUCAACUGAAACGCGUUGUUUUGAGUUGUCUUGCUGAUCCCGCAAAGGAGAUUCUGUCAUCAUCAUUUCACUCAGCCUCUGUCCGAACGCCCUGUUCAUUUCUCGGUGUGUAUUUGCAACUGCCUGUGAAAAUAGAAAUCAAUUAAACAUUGGGUCAGAUGACUUGAGUUGGAAAACCCUUAAAACAUCGCUUAAAAAGACGCGGAAUCAAAACAAUGAAAAAAAAAAAAAAAAGAACCCACGCUGUAUACCUUUUCUCUUUGUGCAUAAGACACCAUUUCUGCAACCAUGACUGUUUUGGCACUUGCGCUCCGAGAUGUUGAUGGGCUGGGGGAAGACUUCUGUUUGGCGGUUCCAAAAUAACUCGUCAGCAGUUUAUUUCCUGUAAGAAAGAUGUUCGUGCGUGUGUGUUAAAUACGCUACGGUGUAUACAGCCCGCCCCUCACAGCAUAAUAUCGCUGAGCAGAUUCGUUGGUUAAGUAUUAAAAAAACAUAUUAAAAUAAACUGAAUGAUCACUCAAUAGAUCAACUACUCUUUUAAAGGAAAACAGCAGAGAGUUGUCAAAUAUUCGAAUAAUAUAGGUUUUUCUUACAAUAGUGAUAUAUUUGAACUAAUACAACUUUUUUAGUAUAUUUCCUGUUCUGUUUUAUUGAGUAAAUUAAAUUAUAUUUUAUUUUUCCUGGACUUAUUUAGAUUCUGAAAACUUCUUUUUCUUCGUGUUUAGUAUCAAGAAUAGAUCGGAUUCAAACUGACCAAACGCGGGAAUCAACUGCCAGAUUCUCUCCCCAGUAUCUUUUUCACACGUUCACUGACUGCCGGUGUUUGUGCUAAUUCGUGUCACACGUUCACUGACUGCCGGUGUUUGUGCCAAUUCGUGUCUCGGGUGUGUUAACGUUUGUUUUCUCUCGGUUUUCUUGAUCUUUGUUGAAACUGGUUCAACCAUGGAAGAUAAAGAAUACGUUGAAGUGUCAGUCAAGAUAGCAGAAAAAGAACUGCCUGAUUUGAAGAAAUUUGUUGAAGAGCGUUGCGGAGAGAUUAAAGUAAUGGAAAAUGCGGUGAAUGGUACCAAUGGUACGCAGUGUUGUUUGUUUAUUUCACUCAUGAAUGUUAUGUGUUUUGAGAUGUUUUUAAGCCUCCUCCAUUAUAGUUUAAACUGCAAAAAUUUAGAUUUAGACCUUGUGGAACUGACACUGAAUUUUAGGAGCGAUUUAAGACAAGAAUGGUCUUAACCUUUUCCACACAGGAAAAAGCACGUGUAAUGAAGCGACAGAAGCUACCGAAGCUACAAACGCUCAAACGCAAGUCGUGGAGAUUACAGACGAAGCAGAUCAAGAAGCCGGUGCAGCUAAGAAGAAUACGGAAGAUGUCAUUCUUUUACCGAGGGAAAUCGCUUCAAAAGUUUCGAGAUGGCUCCUCACAAAAGGGGUUUCCCAAACAUUCUUUGCUAAAAGGGUAGUGAAUAGGUCCCAAGGUUCUUUCUCAGACUACAUCACAAAAGCGCCAAACGAGCUGCCAAAAACACAUGGCCGGGCAAUAUGGGUAACCUUGAACGCUUUUCUAAACGACCCCAAACAGCAAGCCGCAUUGAUCGAUGAAUACAAGAAAGGUAAAUAUCUAUUUAUAGUUGUUGUAUUUACAUUCUUUUAUAAUAAAGUGAAAUAUCAUUGCUCGUCACCUUCUUGGUGACAAUAUUUAUAGCAUGACACCUUUACCACCGCUGACGGUUAGGCUCGACCACUGUAAGUCAUUGAAUGACAAAAGGUUAGUAUAGGGUUUCUUGACUAAAUUAAUUUUUUGCUUUAAAUUAUUUUAGUGUCAAAAUCACGGAGGAAAGAAAUUGAUGAAAGUGACAAGCCUCCAAAAAAGGCGGUUAAACGAUACAGCGACCUCGAAUUAUCCACGCUAGAUUCCGUCUUCAAGUCAUCGAACGGAUUGCCUGAAAGAAGCGUACUAGAGCGAACGGCCAAGUUACUAAAACUAGAAGAGCGACAGGUAAGCCUAGAAUAUUUCUUUGCAACAAAUUGGUAAACGAUCAAAUCAAACUGAAAACUUCGAUCAAUUCGUUGCUAAACUUUACAGCUGAGUUGUCGAUUUGACAUCUUUGUUUAGCCUUACCUUUAGGUUUACUUGACAAAACAUUAUUGUCGUCGUCCAAAUACCAUCCAGCUUUUAUUUUGUGUGACUCUUCCUUGCUAUGGCGCUUCACCAGCCACAUCGUUUUAGCGCUAUCUCCAUAGGUUAAAGUCAAGCCACAUGAAUUACAAGUAAUCGAGUUCUUGAAAUCACUGUCGGAUGUCAGGGGCCGAAAAUCACGUUUCUGUAAUUCUUGGUUCACCUGAUGUAUGUCUUUAUGAGGGGCACUGUCGGUAACUUCGAAAAGAUAUAUGCUUAAAAUAAUGCAUGAGAAAAAGGAAAUAUAAUGCGCCAUAGCACCGAUCUGCUUGUACAAGAGACUAAUCUCGACUAAUGCAUGGUUCCACGUGGACACAGUAGGAGUUAAGUUCAUGCGGUAUUCUUGCGCGCGGGCUCGUUGCAAUUACAAAAUGAGUUGCGUUGGUGCUAGGAAUAGACGCUGAAUAGAAAGUAUCCAGGUAGCCUUCAUGGAGAGUUGACCAAACAUUUAUUUACUUAUUUAUUUCAUUUAUAUUUUGUGACUUCCAGGUGAGCGUAUGGUUUAACAAUCAUCGCAGGAAACAAAAGCAGGGAACUUACAAGCCGGGGCAGUAUACGCAGAAUCAGGGGGGAAGCAGUGACGAUUCGGGAGCUACUCCACAGUGACAUGUGACCAGUGACUUGUUUUAUCUGGUUUUAUUUAGUUUGUAACCUGGUACACGUGAAUUAUGAAAAAAUAAAGUAAUUUUAACUGAUUUCAUAUAGAAAACCACAAACUUGUCUGUUUAUUUUGUGCUAUCGUCCAUCGCAUCCAUCAACCCUGUUGGAAUAAGGAAUAACACUGAGCAUUAAUAAGAGGAUUAAUUGUACAGUGUGCUGUUAUCGCACUGCGAAUGAAGUGGGUUCGUGGUCUGGGAAGUUUUCUUGUUCACGUGUUCACUCUUAAUCACGUGACCUUUCACCAUCAUCUGCUAUCACAUACCACGCGUACUACCCACAAACCUUAAACCGGAAACCUGGAAAUCCAAUGUUUAUCCGCUGAUUAACUCACCAAAGCCGAUUUAUGUUAAAUAUCAGCCAUAGAACGCACAGAAAGCAACAUUCAGCUUAUGCAGAAAUGAAAUUCAUUCCAAGAUUGACUCAAUUCAACAUGGUUUUUGUUGUAGCAGUACGCCACGUUUACCAGCGUAAACAAUUCCACUGGUGUUCUUACGCCGCUUACACAGUGUGCUGUCGUUUUCGUCCGAGCUACGAGUCUAAAAACUCAGAAAAAUUGCUUCAAAUGCGAAUGAGUUAUCUGGUUAUCACAGAUUAUCGCCAAGACUGGAAGAGGUUUUGACGUUCAGUUUUCGGUAAGAAAGAAAAAAGUUCCUUGAUUCUAAAUUGACUUGAUAUAAUUUUUUUUUCAAUGUCCUCAAUCGACCGGAUAAAUCGAUAAAAUCGAUAAUCUCGGUCUAAGUCUUGUGAUUAUCGAUUUCUAUCGAUUAUUUUAGCUAAUCGAUUAACAAUUAUCGAGUAUUAUCGAGUAAUAUCGAGUAAUCGAUUAGUUUUCGAUGAUCGAUUUCUAUCGAUUUGUAACGCCCUGCGUUUGGCCAUGGUUUUUGCUUGGGUGUUUUGUCUGAUACUUCAUGGUUGGAUAGUUCGACAACAGCUUGGUUGCGGUGUUUUUCGCGGAAUGACUGUGGUCUUGCGUUUACUUGCUUAACGGUCACGCGGCUCACGAUUUUAGCGUUCUAGCGGUCCAUGAGCUUAGCCGUCUGCCGGUCCACGAGCUUAGCGGUGCGGUCAAGCGAUUCGCGAGCCCAAAAGGUGAAGCGAUCCUCAAGCUUAGCGGUGAAGCAGUCCUCGAGCUUAGCGGUGAAGCGGUCCUCGAGUUUAGCGGCGAAGCAGUCCUCGAGCUUAGCGGUGAAGCGGUCCACGAGCCUAGCGGUGAAGCGGUCCACGAGCUUAGCGGUGAAGCAGUCCUCGAGCUUGGCAGUUCAGCGGUCCACAAACUUAGUAGCGGUCAACCGAUUCACGAGCUUAAAGGUGAUGCGGUCCCCGAGCUUAGCGGUGAAACAGUCCUCGAGCUUAGCGGUGAAGCGGUUCACGAGUUUAGCGGUGAAACAAUCCUCGAGUUUACCGGUGAAGCAGUCCUAGAGUUAGCGGUGAAGCGGUCCACCAGCUUAGCGGUGAAGCGGUCCACGAGCUUAGCGGUGAAGCAGUCCUCGAGCCUAGCGGUGAAGCGGUCCUCGAGCUUAGUGGUGAAGCAGUCCUCGAGCUUAGCGGUGAAGCGGUGCUCGAGCUUAGCGGUGAAGCAGUCCUCGAGCUCAAGUUUAGCUGGCAUUCAGUUGAGUUGUCCGCCACCAGCUUAUCAGUCUCCGCCUGUCAACGGUCAAACUCACAUGGAACGUGGCUACUUCGUCACAGCCAGGAGUAUCAAAUUGAGCGGUUUUUGUGGCGGUUGCGUCAGCGUGAAGCUGUUGGAAGCGGUUGUUUUUUUUUGCGUCCCCCCUCCACGCAACCCUCUAUGCCUCCUUCCACUGUUUCGUCUUGCUUCAAUGUGACGGGUGCCUGGAAAGGGGGGCCAUGGCUGGGUUGCGGGGAUUUGCCAGCCAUGGGAGAGGAUUCUAGGGGCUGGCUGACCACAGUGGAGGCCCUUGGAUACCCCAGGCACUAACAUUCCUUCUAGUAUUUUUGUAGUAAAUAGUUUUACUAGUUUUACUAGUACUAUAAAAAUAUUAUAGUCUUGUUGUUUUGUUUUAUGGAGUGUUUGAGUUGGACGUUUGUGGCAUUAUGAGGCGUUCGGGCUGGUCGCGUUUGUAGUGUUUAUGGGGCAUUGGGGUUGGACAUUUGUGGCGUCUACAGGGUUUGUAUUGUUUAUGGAGUGUUUGUGGGUUAGAAGUUUGUGGCGUUCACAACGUUUGUAACGUUUCUGAGGCGUUCAGCCUAGUCUUUUUAUUUUUAUUUAUUUAGUUAUUCUUUUUGUGGCGUGGCGUAAGGGGUAGCGUUUAUGGUGCUUUGCGGUGGGACCCUUGUGGCGUUCACAGCAUUUGCAGCGUUUAUCAGGCGUUUGGGCUGGUCAUAUUUUUGCCCAUUUCGAGUGUUUGCAGCAGUUAGGGGGCUUUGGGGCGGGACCCUUGUGGCGUUUACAGUGUUAGUAGUUUUUUAUUGGGCAUUGGGGUUGGACAUUUGUGGCGCUUUUCAGCGUUUGUAGUUUUUAUGAGGGAUGCACGCUGGUCUUUUUAUUUUAUUCAUUUAUUUAUUUAUUUUUGCGUGGCGUUGCGUUUAGCAUUUAUGGGGCAUUGGGGUGGGACUCUUGUGGCGUUUACAGGGUUAGUAGGUUUUUAUUGGGCAUUGGGGUUGGACGUUUGUGGCGCUUUUCAGCGUUUGUUGCGUUUAUGAGGCAUGCAGGCUGGUCUGUUUAUUUAUUUAUUUAUUUAUUUAUUGUGUGGCGUGGCGUGGCGUGGCGUUUCGUGUAGCGUUUAUGGGGCAUUGGGGUGGGACCCUUGUGGCGUUCACAGCAUUUGCAGCGUUUAUCAGUGGUUGCAGCAGUUAGGGGGCUUUGGGGCGGGACCCUUGUGGCGUUUACAGUGUUAGUAGUUUUUUCUUGGGCAAUGGGGUUGGACAGUUGUGGCGCUUUUCGGCGUUUGUAGUGUACAUGAGGGAUGCAGGCUGGUCUUUUUAUUUUAUUCAUUUAUUUUAUUUUAUUUUUUGGCGUGGCGUUGCGUUUAGCGUUCAUGGGGCAUUGGGGUGGGACCCUUAUGGCGUUUACAGUGUUAGUAGGUUUUUAUUGGGCAUUGGGGUUGGACGUUUGUGGCGCUUUUCAGCGUUUAUGAGGCAUGCAGGCUGGUCUGUUUACUUUAUUUAUUUAUUUAUUUAUUAUUAUUAUUAUUAUUAUUAUUAUUAUUAUUAUUAUUGUGUGGCGUGGCGUGGCGUGGCGUGGCGUUUCGUGUAGCGUUUAUGGGGCAUUGGGGUGGGGCCCUUGUGGCGUCCACAGCGUUUGUAGCGUUUAUGAGGCGUUUGGGCUGGUCGCCUUUUUGUGGCAUUUAGAGUGUUGGUAACGCUUAUGGGUCAUUGGGGUGGGACCCUUGUGGCGUUUACAGUGUUUUUUAUUGUUUAUGGAGUGUUGGGGUUGGACGUUUGUGGCUUUCACAGCAUUUGUAGCGUCUAUAAGGCGUUCGGGCUGGUCCUUUUGGUGGCGUUUAGAGUGUUAGUAGUGUUUAUGGGGGAUUAGGGUGGGACCCGUCUGGCGUUUACAGCGUUAGUAGUGUUUAUGGGGCAUUGGCGGUGAACAUUUUUGUGGCGUUUACGGUGUUUGUAUUGUUUAGGAAGUGCUUGGGAUGGACGUUCGUCAAGUUCACAGUGUUUGUAGCGUUUAUGAGGCAUUUGGGCCAGUCAUUUUUGUGGCAUUCAGCGUGUUUGUAGCGUUUAUGGGGCAUUAGGGUUGGACCCUUGUGGUGUUUACAGAGUUAGUAGUAUUUAGGGGCGUUGGGUUGGACGUUGGUGGCGUUUGACAGCAUUUGUGGCAUUUAUGGGGCGUUGGUGUUGCACGUUUGGCACUUGGGUUUUGUUUCGCCUUUAUAUGCUUCUUCAUGCUCAACAUAGGUGGGUGCCUCCGGGUUUGGUGUAUUGGGGCUCAGGCUUCUCCUAGCCAUGAGCCCCUUCUCUCCGAGCUUGGAAUUCAGCUCGGAGGUCCCUUCGGCUUGGCGUGGGGGCUCAUGGCUGGAGGGCGCGGGUUUGCCAGCCAUGGGGGCGUAACUCUGUCUAGGGGCUGGCCGUGCCAUAGGUGGAAGCCCCUGGACAUCCCGGGCACCUACCUCCACUCAGCGACGCAGUUGUUAAAUGAGGUUAAAUAAAUAUUUAUUUAACAGAGUUAACAACAAGGAGCGCGAGCGUGGUCAGCGGUCGGUCGUUUGGCUCAAGCGCGGUCAGCCUUGCUUGCAUCACCUCCAUGUGCUCAAUACAGUGUUUUCGUGGCGGCCAUUCUCUUCGUUUAGCCUUUGGAUCAUUCUUUUACCCCCAUCCCUCCCCCCCUUAAGUCUUCCACUGUUAUCAGUGUGACGGGUGCCUGGUUCCAUUGGCGUGGGGGCUCAUGGCUGGAGGGCGCGGGUUUGCCAGCCAUGGGGGCGUAACUCUGUCUAGGGGCUGGCCGUGCCAUAGGUGGAAGCCCCUGGACAUCCCGGGCACCUACCUCCACUCAGCGACGCAGUUGUUAAUGGAACCCAAAAGCCUUUAAGACGGAAUCCAUCCUAGGAAAUUGAGUAUUUUAGUUGUCAGUGGACAAAAACCUUGUGCAAGAAUAUUUUAUAAUUCUUUAUUACACUUUUUGAGGGCUAUAAAUGUAAUAAGUUGUGUGAAAUUAAACUCGAAGGAAAACUUCUUAUGGGAGCACAAGAAAACAACCUUCAAAAGCUUCCAAUUUCACAAAAUAUGAAAUCUUAUGCAUGACAAUUUACCAGUGUUUUAUCAAUUCCUUUGAAAUUUGAAAUUUAUUUUCUCAGGUUCCUAUAAGAAAUUGUCUUUGGUGUUUAUUACAGAUAACUGUUAAAUUACAUCUAUAGCCCUUGAAAAGUGUAAAAAAGAAUGCAACAAUUAUUGGCUUAAAAUAUUCUGGUACACCUUGUACAGGUUUUUGUCAAUUAAAAUUACCCAAUUUACAGGUGGAUUCUGUCUUAAUAUUGAAAGGAUGGCCUUUUUAUUUUAUGCUCCAGGAGAUUUUCCUGAAAGAUGCUAUUUGAAGCUAUCUAGUUGAAGUGAUUUCUUGUCAUCUUUGAUCUUUGUUGUGCUUAUUUUUUUGCAAAGUUUGGGACACUGAAAAAGGUGACCACCACCCCCCUUCCCACCCUCCCUCCCCCCAUUCCUGCUUCUUGGGGAAACAGCAGUACCAAGCCGUAAUUAUUGCUAAUUUAAUAAUUUUUGUAUCAUAGGUUUUUGAGUUGAGGUCUAAAGAGGAAAUGUCUGAAGAAUGGUUGAUUCAAAAGCUGAAGUUUUUCCGCUAGCCUUAAGUUUUUAUAAGUAUGCGAUA